UAAUUUUGUCGAAGAAACUCUAACAAAGUGGGGCCUUUCCGAAUAUAUUGAAAAAUUUAAAGAUGAGCAAAUUGAUGAGCAAGCAUUUCUACACAUGCCUGAUUCUAUGAUAAAAGAAUUGAUACCCUUAGUUGGACAACGUUUUCAUUUCUUGACAAAUCGGAAAAUAUUGCUUCAAAGUAUAAAUCAGACAUUGGUUGUUAACAACUCAAUAUUGGAUAUUACGAAUAUAAGUGAAUCAGAGAAUAAUCUUAGCGUAGUGUUACCACAUCGAAGUGACUCUGAGGACAAGGUUAGCGUAGUGUUACCACAUCGAAGUGACUCUGAGGACAAGGUUAGCGUAUUGUUAUCACAUACAAGUGACCUUGAUAAUAUUAGUAGAGGUAGUGGUUCGUCGAUGGACACAUGUCCUUAUCGGAGAAAGAAUCUAAGAGAAUUACUCUCAGAAUCAGGCACUGGUCAAAAAUUAUUGACACAUACACGAUUAACCCCAUCAGAUCGCAAUAAAUUAUGUAAGAUAAUUAUUGAGAAGCUUCUUAGCAAAUCUAUGAA